ACUCGCACCACUAUCAACAUCCAUUGCAACAUCCAUUGCAAACUGAGCUAGCUCCUGUGCAGGCAAGGCAGAGCGCACGGUACGACGUGCCAGGUACAGGUAGUACGUGCAAGUGCAAGUUCCGUGCUUCGCGGCUGAGAUGGAAGCCAUGGCGUCGCCGGUCCCCAUGGACGUCGACAAGCUCAGCUACGAGAUCUUCGCCUUGCUGGAGAGCAAGUUCCUGUUCGGCGCCGGAGGGGCCGGCUGCCUGUCCGGCCCGGGCACGCCGUUCCGAGGCGCCAGCGACGGCCGCGUGCGCGUGCUGGCCGUCGACGGCUGCGGGGCCGGCGCGGGGGACGCGCUCCUCGCCGCGGCCGCGCUCGCCAGGCUCGAGGCCGGCCUGCGCCAGCGCGCCGGCGACCCCGACGCCCGCGUUGCCGACUUCUUCGACGUGGCUGCUGGAGCUGGCGCGGGCGGCGUGCUCGCGGCCAUGCUGUUCCUGAAGGGAGCCGAUGGGCGGCCGCGGUACACGGCCGAGGAGGCGCUGGCCUUCGUCGCCGGGAGCGUCGGGAAGGACUGGGGCGGCCGGCGCCGUGGGUGGACCAAGCUGUUCCGCGGCGGGGCGAGGAAGGCUGAGCGGUCCUUCCGGCGGGUGUUCGGCGACGCCACGCUCAGGGACACCGUGGCCCCGGUGCUCGUGCCCUGCUACGAUCUCGCCACGGGUGCGCCGUUCAUGUUCUCGCGCGCCGACGCCGUCGAGAGCGACAGCUUCGACUUCCGCCUCGCCGACGUCUGCGCGGCCACCUGCGCCGCCAGCGGUGCGGCCGCGGCCGUCAGGUCGGUCGACGGGCGCACGGCCAUCGCCGCCGCGUCCGGCGCCGUGGCUGCCAUGGGCAAUCCGGCUUCCGCAGCGAUCACGCACGUCCUCCACAACAAGCAGGAGUUCCCCCUCGCCGUCAGCAUGGACGACAUCCUCGUCCUGUCCAUCGGCACCGGCGCGUCGUCCUCUGCCGCCACCUGCGGCCACGGGUGGAGCACGCCGAUGCCCACGCGCUCGCCGUCGCGAGACGAGCUGGCGCGCGUCACCGCCCAGGGAGUCGCGGACAUGGUCGACGAGGCCGUCGCCAUGGCAUUCGGGCACGCGAGCGACAGCAACUACGUCCGCCUGCAGGCUAGCAGCGCACUCGAUUCUCCGUGCACGCAGACGGCCGGCGCGGCGGCCGGAGCAAUGCUCUCGCAGCGGAACGUGGAGUCCGUGCUGUUCCGGGGACGGAGGCUGUCGGACAGGACGAACGCCGAGAAGGUCGAUGCCCUGGCGGCGGAGCUGGUGAAGGAGCAGGAGCGGCGGAUGCGCAGCCCACUCCCGAACGUGGUCAUCAAGCAGGUGGCCUCGCCGCGGCUGUCGUCGGCAACCACCGCCUCGUCGGUCACCGCGACGGUGAGGACGGCGUCAACGAUGCCGUCGCCGGCGUCGUGGGAUUCUCGCCAGUAACUAAGUUGUUGGUAGGCCCUUUCGACGUGACAGGGAACUCGUGUACGUUCGGAUGACGCUGAGGCAGCGCUAACACAGCGAGCGCGUGUUCUUUUGUUCUUUCCACUUGCGAGACACUGACGUGUGGGGUUCGUGCUUGAAAAUGUGAUUUGGUUAUGCAAAUUAGCCGAGUUUGGACGCCCAAUGGAGGAAUUGAAUGUCUGAGAGCCUGAGAUCACAAGGAAACGAAGGUGGGUGAUCAUGUGCCAA